GCUGUUCUUUGUUUUUCUUUUUUUCUAUCAUACUAUUAGUUACUUCAUCUCCACCAUCGGUCCUUCUGUCGGAAGCACCGAGCGUCUCACAGAAAGGAAAGAAUGGCGAUGCUGGACAACCUCACGGAAGAAAUGGUGGGGAUGGCACUUGGAUCAGCUAACACUACCUCCAAUACCAGCCUGUUUGAUUCCACAAACAACAUUACCUUAUUACCCUAUUAUGCACAUGCAUGGUAUGUGGCUACAAGCUAUAUCUUCGCAUACCUCUUAAUUUUCCUGCUGUGUGUUGUGGGGAAUAUCCUUGUGUGCCUCAUCGUUCUGGGAAGCCGUCGUAUGCGAACUGUCACAAACAUUUUCAUCCUAAACCUGGCUGUCAGUGACCUUCUGGUGGGCAUCUUCUGCAUCCCUACAACACUUGUGGACAAUCUUAUUACAGGUUGGCCCUUUUCCAACUCAGUGUGCAAGCUGAGUGGUUUUGUUCAGGGUGCGUCUGUGUCUGCAUCAGUCUUCACAUUGGUGGCUAUAGCUGUCGAAAGAUUUCGCUGUAUCGUGUACCCUCUACAACCCAAGGCAACCAUACGUGUUGCCAAGGCAGCCAUUGUGUUGAUCUGGGUGCUAGCCAUGGCGAUCAUGUGUCCAGCUGCAGUUGCAUUGACUGUGGAGGAAGUUUCUUUCCACAACAUGGUCUGCGAUGAUGACUUCAACCAUACAAUGCCUCUAUACAUCUGCUAUGAAAAGUUUGGCAACCCAAAGAUGAGGAAGGUUUACACAGUGGUUCUUUUUGCUCACAUCUACUUGGCUCCAUUGAUGGUCAUCAUAGUGACGUAUGGCUGUAUUGGGGCCAAACUGUCUUCAUCUGGGGUUGCAAAUAGAAGGCCCCAGGGGGCCAAUGUUCAGAGAGUCAUUUCACAGAAAAAGAAACAGGCGAUAAAGAUGCUGAUUCUUGUGACCUUGCUUUUCAUGUUGUCGUGGUUACCACUCUGGACUCUCAUGAUGAUGGCAGACUAUGCAGGCUUGGAAAGUGACCAGAUUGAUUUAUUGACCAGCUACAUCUUCCCCUUUGCUCAUUGGCUGGCUUUCGCUAAUUCCAGCAUCAACCCCGUAAUCUAUAGCUACUACAAUGACAACUUCAAAAGAGGAUUCCAGGUGGUGUCCAGCACCUUCUCCUUGACCUUCUCCUGUCUGGUGCCGUGGAAUUUGUGGAGAAGGAUCGCCGGAUGUUUUUGGAAAAAAAGUGUGCAAAGGUCUGUUGAAGCUACCAACUGCAGAGAUAGCAGUGAUCAUAACAACCGGCUCUUAUUUGGACUGAGAAACAGAAUCCGCAAUGACAGGGACAAAGCUGAGCUCAACCUGGAUGCAAGGGCGGGGCGUAUGGGCGUGAGAAGCGGUUCUGAGCAAGGAAUAGAAAUGUCAGCUAUGGAUAAAAAAAAACGCCAUGGGGAAGAGUUGGGAAAGGUGAACUCGGUGUCAAUUUUACCGAAUCAAGCAUGGGAUAACUGA